GGGCGGCCGGGCUUUGAAUAGGGAAGUUUGGCAGGGCCGGCGCGGGCACAGAGGCCGCCGCUUGCACGACCGGAGGCUCCCAGCUCUCGCUCGGCCGCCUCCCGCCGCGGCGCCCAGUGUGCGUGUGAGUCGGGGCGCUGCAGCCCGGCGCUCCGACAUGGACGUGCUCCCCAUGUGCAGCAUCUUCCAGGAGCUGCAGAUCGUGCACGAGACGGGCUACUUCUCGGCGCUGCCCUCCCUGGAGGAGUACUGGCAACAGACCUGCCUGGAGCUGGAACGGUACCUGCAGAGUGAGCCCUGCUACGUGUCGGCUUCUGAGAUCAAGUUUGACAGCCAGGAGGAUCUGUGGACCAAAAUCAUCCUGGCCCGGGAGAAGAAGGAGGACCCAGACCUGCAGAUCUGCCCCAGUGCCCCUGAGGAUGCCCUGCACAGCCCCGGCUUCGGGUACAGCUUGGAGACCAACAGUGUGCACUCGGACGCCAGCAGCGAGGCCUCCGACAGCUCUGAGGAACUGUCCCCCACCGCCAAGUUCACCUCAGACCCCAUCGGCGACUCGCUCGUGGGCUCGGGAACCCUGAGCUCCUCAGUCACCUCCACGCCCCCCUCUUCUCCAGAACUGAGUAGGGAGGCCUCCCAGCUGUGGGGCAGCGUACCCAGCGAGCCGCACCCCCCCGGCAAGAUGCGCAGUGGGACAUCGGGCAAGUCGGGUGACAAGGGCAGCGGGGACACCUCGCCCGAUGGCCGGAGGCGGGUGCACCGGUGCCACUUUAACGGCUGCAGAAAAGUUUACACCAAAAGCUCCCACUUGAAAGCACACCAGCGCACUCACACAGGAGAAAAGCCUUACAGAUGCUCAUGGGAAGGGUGUGAGUGGCGAUUUGCGAGAAGUGAUGAGUUAACCAGACACUUCAGAAAGCACACGGGUGCCAAGCCUUUUAAAUGCUCUCACUGUGACAGGUGUUUCUCCAGGUCUGACCACCUGGCCCUGCACAUGAAGAGGCACCUCUGAGGCGAUGGGGCGGCCACUCCUGCGGCUAAGACGGCUUCCAGGCUGAGGACGGCCAUGGAGGGGGGGUGCGCGUUCCAGCCAAAGCAUGCCAUUUUGCAUCUGGCCCAGUCGCCUCCAGGACCCCGACUUGGAAGGCCAUUGAAGGGCUGAGGAAGUCCUGCGAGCAGCGGCGGCGUGGGGUGGGGGGGCCUGGACUCACCCUGGCGCCCCUCUCUGGAGUGGUCCCAAAGCCUUUGCCGUGAGCAUGAGCACCGAGAAUGUUGCUUGUGGGGAUGACUGAGGGGCAGCGCCCUACCCUUGGGGGAGGGGAGGACGCGGAGGUCUGAAUGUUGUGUGUGAGGAGUAGAACCUGGUGGGACAACCACCAUCGUUUCUUCGGGUGGGAGGGGUGUCUGCACCUUGGGGACAAAAACAAAAUGAAAAAAAAACCAUAAAAAACAAAAAAAAAAAAGGAAAAAAAGACGAAAAAUAGAUGGGGUGGUGUGGAGGGCGGGGAGGGGAGGUUAAGACCCCGAGUGGUGAGUGGGUGUGGGGAGGGAGCCCCUCUCCUGAGCGAGAGGACCCUUGGUGUCUGGUGCAGCUCUUAACUGUGCAAUGUGUCAAGUAGCUUGUUUGACCAGCUACGGCAGAGCUCAUUUUGUUACCCGUUGUAUAAGCUGUGUAUUUACGAAUAUAACACAAAUGAUAACUUCUCCUUCUAAGACAAAAGUCAUGCAUGGUCUGGGGAACUAGACGCAUUAUCCAUUUUUAAAAUCAGGAUCCCAAUGUCGACUCCAGUCACUGAGCAAUUAAGAUACUGUGCGUGGCAUCCCGUGACCCGGUCCCCCCACCCCUUCCUCUGGGCGACACUUCCCUCCAGAGGGGCCUUGUGUGGCAGGCAGAUGAUUAUUUCUCAAAAGGGUUCUGUAUCUGAAUUGAGCUUUGGGGAGCGGGAGGGGAGAUUUCAGGAUGCCCCUCCCCCCGCAUCCCCCAGGUGGAGAGGGGACCCAGGCUAGGUGGGGAGAGCACCAGACUGGUCUGAUGUUCUGGUAGAGGAAGAACCCACAGUUUUUUCAGUCGGGUGGAUGAAACCACUAAAGCUUAGAAACUGUUUUUCUCAUGCAGCUAAGUUUCUCUUAAUGCCUUGAGGACUAACUUCUGGUUUUCUAGCUGAGGAUACACUGUCGAUCCUAAUAAUGGUGCCUUAUGCAAGCGGCCCUGCUUGGGGUCGCUGACAGGGGGAUGGGUGGCGCAUGCUUUAUUAAGGCUCUUUUCUCACCUGGCGUUGUACUGUAUCAAUGUAUCAUUCGGAAAACAAAACAAACAAAACACGCAUCUCCUUAAGGUCCUCCUUCAGGAAGACAAAGCGCGCGAGAUGAAAACUCCCCAAACAAGUCAGUAUUUACUCAGUGGUUUUUGACAACCUGACCCAUCAGCGUGGAAGUAGAGACCACAGGAGAAUUGGGAAGGCUGACCUAUUUUUUUUUUCUUUUUUGGGCCACCUUGAAACUUCCACGCAGACUUUGCACAACAACUGUAUAGAUCACACAUUGGCUGUAUUUAAUAUGUAAGGUCACACAUAUUAAAGAGACAGAAGUAGAAGAGGAAAAAAAAAACAAUGUUAAUGUAUUUGCUUAAAAGGCACAAGUUUCACGUACCUAUCUAGCUUCUCUGUCGGUAAUACAGAAAGUAUACUACUUUUGUUUUAAAAGUGGGCGGAAUUCUUGUGUAUGUACAUUUGUGUGUAUAGUAUGUGUAUUGUGUGUAUAUAUAUAUAUGCUAUAUAUAUAAAUAAUAUAUAAAUAUUUUUUUAAGGAGAAAUUAGACUGUUGAGCUAGAAAAUUCCACAGCGUGUGAAAGAAACAUUUCAAAAAACGGCCAUAAAGGAGGUUAAAAAAAAAAAAACAAUUGAUUAUCUGACUUUUAUAAAGGCUUUUAUCUUUACUUUAGUGGCUAGCUACCAACUUUGGGUUAUGGACUCUCUUCCACUAGGCUGACUUCCUCAUCACUGGUGGGUCAGAAAUGCCGUCCCUUGGUUUCAGACCCACCAAGGUUUCAGAUUUGGGAUUUCGGCCUUAGGGAGAGAUCAGACCCGAGAGUAAGCUAAUCACAGGGAUUCUUUUUUAGAACACUUUUACACAGAUGGCAGAUGGAGCUCUUUGUUCCAGCAUAGAUCCUUUCAGUUUUUCCAAGGAGUAAUUUCCCAGAAUUGGCAUCCCCACAGCAAGGACAGCUGAUCAUCCAUCCAGCAGCUGCCUGCCUGUGGGCGUGGGUCUGUCCUUUUUAUAUAUAUAUGUACAUAUAUAUAUAUAUAUAUAUAUAUAUAUACACAUGUGAGUUUGACUGGGCGGAUAUUUUGUUUGAUCUUCCUGGAAAUGAACAAUGAUGAAAGCUCGCAUAACUGGUUUUUUUUUUUUUUUGGUUUUGUUUUUCUUUUUAAAAUCUGGGCUGAUCCUUACACUUACCUAAGAACUCCUUUCAUUUUUCUCCUUAAGGGGAAAAUGCACUUUUCUUUUGGCAAUGCCAAAUCCAGGUAUUUGAUUGGCUGGGUUUGGGAAAACUCCUUUUUGGCCCUGCUGUAUGCUUAGCCAUAACAAUUCCAUUAAGCAAGAAGGUAAACAGAAGACAAAAAUAAAUAAUAAUAAUAAUAAUAAUCACAAAACCUCAACUUGCACUGGCUUGUCUCGCUUACUCAACACUAUGGAGUUGUUUGAUUGGGUGGGGCCAGGGAUGUUAAUGCCUGUCAUUUUCAUAAUAAGCAAGUACAUCAAGAAUUACAUUCUGUUCAGGUGAUAACUGAGCCUCAACACAAGCAGAAACUUUUUUGCUUGACAUUAAAAAAAAAUUUCUAUUAGUGAAAUUUCUUUUUUUUGAAGCACCCUGUUAUCUAAAGAAUCUUUGUAAGAUUUUUGUAAAAUUUUGUUUUACAAGAUUUUAUUUGAAAUUGUUUUUUGCAAGAUUGUUAUAUUUCUGUAUGAAUGUAUUUUUUAUUGGAAUAACAUAAAAAGAAUUCUUAUCAGCA